GUUUGUUCAAGAACGAAUGAAGGCCAAAAACUACAUUUUUACUCAUUUGCACUCAUGUUGUAAUAUUCAUCAUCGUUCCGGAAGACCGAAUAAAGUGUAAGGGACCGUGAAAUAGACCGUUCAAAAUUUCUGAUCAGUUACGUUUCCGUGCGAGUUAUGGCCUUGCCGCGUAAUCAUGAGUGGCGGUAACCAUGAAAGAAAUAGACGGUAACCACAUCCGGGCAAGUAACCUAUCCCCCAACAACUGGCAACACAGCACAGCCCGGUCGAGGCAACGACACCAUAGCUACACGUUCAUGUUUUGAAAGCUGUUGCUCAACUGAGAGUGAGUGUCUCCCAUCGGGCGAUUUUCUUGGAUCCAGUGAUAAUAAUUUCCUCUACCAACCACUUUACCCUGCUUUACCCACAUCGGAGCAGUGAUUAUCAUGAAGGAGUUAGGAUUAUUGUCAACAUGAACAUCCCUGUGUUCAUCUUCAAAGCAGUUUCCGGACUCCCCAUGACGCACUGGUAAUUUCAGUCGUUUCACAAGGUGACACCUUUAGAAAAUGCUCACUGAAAAGGAGGCUCUGUACGUAACAGAGUUUUUGACUGCACUUCCUGAACACAGUGUGCAAUCAGUUGCACAUACCGUAUCGGGAGGUAUGUUAGACCCUGAAAACAAAGGAGCUGCCAUCAAAAUAAUAAUCCAGCACUCUGAAAAUCCUGAGAAAAUAUUGAGUAGGAAACUUAUCUCGAAGCAGUAUUUAUUCAGCUAUCUCCACUGGAGAAAUGUCUCUGUCUCCCAAUCCUUAAAUAAAAAUGCGUUGGUUCAGAAAAUUCUCACUCUAUGGCAGGACACUCCGUACCAGAGCAGAGCUCCAAUGCCUGAAAAUUAUCAAGCUUCGUAUACUCAAAAUGGAUCUUCUCAAGCCCUCUCUGGACAAAACGAUCAGCAAGGAAGUGUCUCUUAUACAGCGUUGGGAAGCAUGAAUUCAGAUAAUCGGUACCAUCAAAAUGCAGAAGUUACAGGAUUGUACCAUAACCAGUCUUGUAGCAACAAUGCAGUCGUCUCAAAUUCCUUCAGCAAUAGUUCUUCAGGGGUAGAUUAUAACUUAGUUUUAAGAAAUGAAAACACGGUCAGUAACACGAUCAACCAAAAUUCAGUUGGUAACACCUCUCAUCCAGCAAACCAGUUCAGUGUUGAAGAGCUAGCUCUCAAGUUUUCUGAGUGGUUUUAUGGGCUAGUCAAUAAAACUGAGUAUAUCUCCAGUAAUCCGUCUGAAUCAGACCUGGGACCGCAGCAUUUUUGGCAAGAUGCUUCAAUCCAGAUAAGUUUGCACAGUGAAUGUGAAGUUUCUUCGCAUACGGCAAUGAGUGGCGUAGAGGUUUCAGAAUUAAUUUUAAAUAUCAAAACGCAACAUAACCUUUUUUUCAACCCAAAUUUAAGUCACGAUGGGGUGAGAGGUAAAUCUGAACGACAUGGAAUGGCUGUUAUUGUUGCUUGUGGUACUCUUCACAGGGGAGUUGGACAAUUUGUAGGCGUUUUUGAACAAAUGUUCUAUCUUUUAAGGGAUCCUUUAUGUUCGAAUAAUUGGAAAAUCAAACAUUCACAGUUAAUACUGAGAUCAAGAAAUAUGAAUGCUUUAGAACCCCCUCCCACCUUAAAUGAUUCCGAGCUAGCGCACAGUUUACAAAUGAAAGCUCUAACUUGAUUUUAUGUCAUAAAAACAUUAAGAAAAGAAGUAAGUCUUCUCAUAAGUACAUUUUUUCUCUAUCAUCUGGUGUCCUUGAGAGGCCUCAAAGCUGUAUACCAAAAAUGAAGCUCUGCAAUAUGUAGCAGAUAUGAAAUCUGUGAGUUUUAAUCACCUUGACAGUUAAUGCCUAUCAAAAUCCAAGUGUACUCUUUGAAAGAGCAGGAUUUCUGACAUUCGGGAAUGUCAGAAAAAGGCAGGGAAUUCAUACAAAAUGUCAGGGAAUUUCGCAAACAGCGUUUAGCAGAGGUUAGCACAAUUCAAAGGACUAAUAUGUAAGUAGAAGUUUUGUUCAAGGGUCAGGGAAAAUCAAGGAGCGGUACAGUCAGAGAAAGUGCUACCUGAUAACUCAUUCUUAACAUAGGAGAGGUAGCAUGAAUGGCUGCCUGCCCUGGAGCGAUCACAGCUCCAUAACUUUUUGCCCAUUGAAGGACUAUCUUUGCGAGUACUGUAUCAUGAGUCGCCUGUAUCCCCUGUUGUAAGAGUAGCAUCAGCCUAAAGCUGAAGACUUGUGGGUUUAUUGGGGGAAGGCAAUAAAUCCGCAAGGGCAACCCAUUUUAUACUGGACCUACAAAAGAACAAAAAAAUCUUUCAAGUUUGUUUCCUAUAGAUCUAAUUUGUUAAUUUUUCAGUAGAUACCUCCUUUGUCCUCUUCUUUCAUGGUAAACCUGUGGUAAACUGUAAGGUAAGGUCCUUUAUGAAAACAUUCUUAAUCUCGAUGUGACAACUAAUAAAUUAAUAGUUUUGGACUUGCACUAUUUUAAGUAUCAUGUAUUCAAGAGUAAGAGAAACAAGAGCUCCGAUAACACUCCAAAAAGGGGCUGGACCUUUUCUGAAGGCCCAGAGGAGGUGUCCUUUUUUUUAUUUCGUUCCUCUACCUUGUUUUAUGUUUUUCCUCACAUCAGCUUCAAUCUUGUCCCUCCAUGUUGUGAUCUUUUUUUUUCUUUCUUUUUUCUGGGGUCCAAAUCGUUACUUUUCUCAUUAAGCGCCACUGAGAGAGUUUUACAAUACAUCGUAUCCACUGGUAUGUAAUCCCUCUCGCAGCUUAUCCCAGCUCUUUGUAAACCCCAACUUCUCUUAUCUUGUUCACCCUUUUUAUUCCAGGAACCCAUUUGGGCGUUUUUAUAUGAAUAACUUGUCAUUUAUUGCAUGAACAAUACUUUUAUUCUAAAAGUUUUAGUAAGAAGUAUUUCUUUGUUUGAAUCAACUACUCAAAUUUGUUUUGGUAAAUUAAACGAAGUUUCAAAGUUAAAA